UAAACGUUCUGUAUAUUCUGGACACAUUAUUCAUGUGUUACCUUACUAUUGAUGAGUGCAGCUGUUUACCCUUAGGAAGAAGACGGAAGCGAAAAGAGACAAUGAAACAGGAGCGAGGAGCUCACAGUUGGACGCAGGCCACCUGUGCCAUUAUUGGCAGUCUGUCAUCGGCAUCAUUGCCGUCGGCGUUUCUUCUCGUCACCUGCUCGCUCGCUCGCUCGCUCGAAUUGCAGCAGUUCACAGGUGCAGGCAUUGGGACCCGGCCAAAGACUAAAGAGGCUCCCAUAGAUGGGACGCUAAGAUGUUGGAUCAGGUGUAUCUUUCCCAUGGAAGGUAAUCAUAUAUAAUAUAUAAUCAAAUCUCAAUUUUAAAAAAUAUUUUAUCUAUUUUUGGAAUUGCAACCUGCAUAAAAUUUAUAAAUUUCUUUGAUUUUCACUUGAGCCUCCCAUGCAAGGUCCUUGUGCUAAGCGAAGUUCUAUAAAAUUGUAUUUUAUGGAAGAUCAUUUUUGUUGCAAAAUUUUUUUUUUGAUUCAAAUUUGAGUUUCAAAAAAUGUUAACAAUUAAGAUUUUAUUAUAUAUAUAUAGAGCAAUAUUACCUUAAGGAAUUUAACGUGCACAUGUGAAAAAAAAAUCGAUUUGAAAAUUUGUUUAUACUUCAUUUUAUAAAAUUUUUAUUGGCAUAACUGAGAAUUUUUAAAAAAAUAAACAAAAUGAAGUUACGUCACUCUUACCUUUUAUACAUUUUAUCUUAGGGUGAUCAUGAGCAUUAUAUGUUUUUUAUAAUUUUUUUUAAUUUCUUAACUUAAAUGUU